CGGUUUGGGCCUUUCAAUUUAAGACUGGAUCAUAUAAACCAACAAUUCAGGAUGCAAGAUGAGGAUUACAAGGAAAGACAGCAUUGUGUUGCAUUUAUGGAAACUUUAAGGAUUGGUUCUGGAGCUUUAUUUCAUAAACUAAGUUUCAAUUGCUCUCUUGGUUUUAAUUUUGUUUUGUUUUGUUUUUUUUUAUUCUGUCCCGUUGGAGACAAAUAUUUAAAGUAAGGCAUGUGGUAAAUUUGUUGUUUUCCCCAUUAAGAUGGAAAGACUUAAGACCAGAAUUCCCCAUAAUUCACAUGCUGCAUUUUCCAUCAAUAUGUAAUUUACUUUUAAGUAUGUGAAAAAUCAGUUUAACAGAACUUACGCUGUUAAACUGUUAAGCUGUCAACUCAAGAAAAAAAAUUCGGGCAGAUAACAGCACAGUAGCAUCAUUGCAUGUUCACAGACAGAGUAGUGGGCAGGAAAUUGCUGUUGUUUCACCUGGACAAACAAGUCUGGGUGACGGCAUGAGUCAUCAGGCCUCGGUCAGUCCCCUGCGUCAAAUAGUCCUGUGUCACACCAUUCCUCUGAGUCAACUGCUGCACAUAACACUGUCAGUCACUCCCUAAGAAAGAUCAGGCUCUGCAUCUAAAACUGACAAGGAAAUACCUUUCCUCCUUUAAUUGAGGAGGGUGUCAUCAGAGGCCAGGAGAGCACUGUGUGCACUCUGCUUGUUAUUGGCUGACCUUGUUCCUCUCCAGACUGAGGGGUCAUCGGGAUCAAGGGGGAAGGAUUACUGUGGUCACAACAGGUGCACAAAGAGGAAAUGGAAACCAUUGACUCUUAUCUUCUGACAAAGAUUCACUGUUUGAUCUGAAAAGUAUAUUUAAACAGAAUGAGUCAAAGAUAAUGAGUGAGGAGGUCCAGAGCAGGGGCGGAGACAGACUUCUUUGAGUGGGGUGGCCUAAAUCAGGGCACUUACUGUUGCAGGGGUGGCCUGAAAUGCACAUUUACAAAACAAUGACUUUCAUUUAUUACCCCCUUCUGCCUGGUCAUAUCUACUUUACAGAAGAAUAUCAAAAUACCAAAUAAAUUUUACUGUGUAAUAUUUUUGUUAAUUUUGAAAAUUAACAUGCCAGCCUUUUUUUCACAUUGAGUUUCAUGCUUCCACCACAGGGUACAUAACCUUUUUCCAAACAGGGUACAUGUUAUGUUAUGUUAUGUUAUGUUAUGUUAUGUUACGUUAUGUCUUUAUUUGAAAGAAAAUAUAAGCAGCCUAAAUGUUUUAUUUUAGCAUAAGAUGCCCUUCAGACAAGGCCAGAUAGCCAAUCAUUGUUAAGGAUUUUGAAGUGGUCUCUGGCAUGGCCGCUCCUGGUCAGACCCUCGCACUGACCACUUAGCUAGAAUAAUAACAAUAGUACAUUUUGACAUCAAAAUAAGGUUCCUCUUAACCCCUGAAUGUGUCCAAAUUCAAAUCAUUCAUGUUGAGUGUCACUCUAUCGUUAACACAUAAAUGAUCAAUCAAUAAUUUAACUUCCUACUAUUAAUUUAAGAAAAAACUUCUUCAUGGGAGGUGUAUGUAAAUUACAUAAAAACUACAUUGUGAGAUAAAGGACAAAUAAAUGCAUCAGACCAUAACUUACAUACUAAAAUAAGGUGUAGACUGAGGCUUCAGUUUAUUACACCUAACCUUUAUACAUUACAUAACAUUAAAGUAUUUUACAUUCUAAUAUGACGAUAAACCAAAAUAGAGCAUGAAAAGGAAGAACAACAUUUUUGAGCAUAUUAUACAAAAACAAGACAAGCAAAACUUGAGUUGUCUAGCAAGGCACCACCAGUUUAAAUCUUUGAAUAUAUAGUAUAAUAGCCAUACCUCAUAAUAUUGUUUAAAUGAAUAGAUACAUUUUAACACCUGAUGGUCAGUUAAUUGAAUGUCUUAAAUGGAAAUGGAUCAGUUAUGGAUACGGAUGAUACAACAAGCAUGUUUGCUUUCCAGGUGUGUCAGUGGUGUUUGCAGGUGGUAAUUGGAAUUGGCCAUGUUUUCAGGACCUCUUAUCCCCAGAGAGCGUUCAUUUCAGCUCUGGGAUCUGGGGGACCAGAGGGGUCAGAGAUAGGCGGGGCGAUAUAGGAAAGAUGUUGAUAAUGUCUCUUGGGAGGGGGGCCUUUUAGACGGGUGCAUAUAUUAAGGAGGAGGAUGAGGCUGAAGAGGACCGCCACACUUCACGCCAACUUCAAAUACUGACUGAUCGAGGGUGAACAGACUGAACUUCUAACAGGACGCUGAGGGGCACCUGAAUCAUACAGAGUAAAGACCAAGGUAAGGCUGUUAGCUUAAACUGUGAAAUUGUGAGAGAAGACUGAGUUUAAUGGAAGUAAAUCUGUUUUGUUUUUUUUACUGUUUACUUUGUUACCUCUCUGGCUAAAUAGAUUUUUUUUUCAGCUCUUGCAUUGUUUAAGAACCGGGUAUCCAGCACCAGUCAAAAAGUCUGUCUAAAGUAACAGCGUAAUGUAUUAUAUUCCAGUUUGAAUAGCCACAGACAUUUAAAAUGUGAAUGUUUUUUUUUUCUGAGUGACAUUGAAUUAUUUCCCCUCUUCCUUUAUCCUGAUAUUUAAGAAAUUUUUAUUGAAACCCCCAUUCACUUCACCUGGUCUUCCUCCAAACUGUCCCUGACAGCAACUUAUUUACACUCUGUGACAAUACUUAAAGCUUUGCAAGUGAUAUGUCAAACUCUUACUGCCACAGAUAAUUGAGUGUUGAUCUCUGUCAGGUGAAAAUAUCAUGUGUUCACCUCGGCUCGUUCUGCUGCUCGGGCUGCUUCUCUGUGUGGGGGCUCAGCUGUCCAAUGCCCAGCACUGGUCCCAUGGUUGGUACCCUGGAGGCAAGAGGGAGCUGGACUCUUUCAGCCCAACAGAGGUCAGUAUCCUUUUUAGUGUGCAUGCCGUUGUGUAUGUUUUAAGACUCUUUUCCUGUCUUUUGUCUCUUUUUGUCUCUUUAUCUAAUACCUAGAAUCUCCCUUUUUGGUCAGAUUUCAGAGGAGAUCAAGUUGUGUGAAGCUGGAGAAUGCAGUUACUUGAGACCGCAGAGGAGGGGUGUUCUGAAAAACCUUCUUGUAAGUUGACUAUUCCAACUUUUAUAAAGAAAACACACCUGCAUUUUGUACAUAAAACUUUUUCUGUAUACAGUAAAUUUGCUAUACUGUUACCCUUUGCAGCUAGAUGUCUUAGCAAGAGAGCUCCAGAAGAGAAAAUGACGGCUCCCCACCAUUUCUGCUUUUCUACCUGAACCUUCUUCAGUGUCCUUGUCUUAAUGUGAAAUAACUUUCCUUUGCUUUGCUGAUUUUAUGUAUUGUGUUAGUACACUUUUUUUUCAAGCAUGAAAUGGAAGUAAAUUGUGACAAAAGUUAAAAUGUAUUGUCAAAUAAUAAAGUAUCUAUUUUGAUAUUAAUGUUUAUUUUGUUCCUUUUAUUAUUGUCCCAAAUUGUAUUUGGUAACUGUAAG